AUAAACAUAAACAAGCUUGUCGGCCUGGUGGUGCGACUACAGCAGGCGACUCCUGCCCGCAGCGGUGCCCGUGGACACUGGAAAUGGCAAUGAGAAGUUUUGAGUUGGUUUUGGUUUUUUUAAUGCGUUCCUACUUCCUAGAGUAGUAAGAUCUGUCUUCUACGUCUCGCAAAAAUCGGGAUACGUACUCCUAAGACCUAACGGGGUGUUUUGUAUAAACAUCUGUACGAGUAUCGAAAAUGGAUGUUGAUGAUGAAGAGCGUGGAAACUAUGGCAAAAGCACUCCGCAGAGAGGAGGUUGCGAGGGACCAAAUGCAGAAUUCGUCAAACUUAUAUCUCAGGAUGGGCAUGAAUUCUAUAUCGCCAAAGAAUUAGCUCUCACAUCGGGAACCAUCAAAGCUAUGCUUAGUGGACCAGGUCAGUUUGCCGAAAAUGAGGCGAAUGAGGUGCAUUUUCGAGAGAUCCCAUCGCAUGUUCUGGCCAAAGUAUGUCAAUAUUUUAAUUACAAGCACCGCUACACCAACAGCUCCACCGAGAUUCCUGAAUUUCCUAUUCCUCCGGAGAUCGCUCUUGAAUUGUUAAUGGCUGCCAACUUUUUGGACUGUUGAGAGCUGUCGCCAUUAUUUGGGAAGAUUUUUUGUUGAAAGUUGAAACUGAUGUCAGUGAUGUGGCUUCUGUUUCUGAUUUCAGAUUGUUGCGUAGAGCAUUACUCGUAAUCUCUCAUCCGCAGUUAUGCAUUGUAUGCAUGCUAAAUUAUGGGAUUUGGAAAGUACUGAGCAAAAAUAACGAGUAACCUGUUCAAAAAUAACGAGUAACCUCCACUUAUUAUUUUGCCUAAGACAUGAUGAAAAUUAUUAAAAGUUUCAA